AUGGCCGAAGAGGCACCCCGUAUAUAUACCUACAAGGAGCUCCGCCCAGAGCUCGACGUUCUAUCCUUCAGUAACAGUCUGCCUUUAGAAUGGCAGUGGGAGGCCAUGACAGACAGCGGUUCCCCGUGCCUCCGCAGCCUAUGGAUCAACAGACAGGCUGACGAGCUUCUAAAAAAGGGCAAGUAUAAACAUGCAAAAGAUAAAUACAUCCUUGCCAUGAGAGCGAUCAUUCCGCGCGACUUUGCACUUCCCGCGAAGGAGUAUAUCAAUCCGAGGUACAUGACACUCCUGGCGAGCGAAGGCCACUGGAAGGAACAACUGGACUUAGUGGAGCGCUGCGAAGGAGUCGCGCGAUGCUGCCUGGAGAUGGAAGAGCUAAAUGGAGCGAUGGACUGGCUGCAGGAAAUACAAAUUCUCUUCAUAUGCCAGACGACGGCCACUCACCCGGAUAAAUUGCGCAAGUGCAGUCUUUGA